AUGGAGUACUAUCCCGGUCCCGGCCGCAACCACCUGUUCGUCCCCGGCCCGACGAAUGUCCCCGAGCAGGUGCAGCGCGCCAUGCUGCGCGGCAACGAGGACCACCGGUCGCCAGCCUUCCCCACGCUGAGCAAGAGCGUCAUCGAGGACAGCAAGAAGCUCUUCGGCUCCACCGAGGGCACCUGCUUCAUCUUCCCCGCCACAGGCACGGGCGCGUGGGAGUCGGCGCUAACGAACACGCUCUCCCCGGGCGACCGCAUCAUCUCGUUCCGCCUGGGCCAGUUCUCGCUGCUCUGGAUCGACCAGAUGCAGCGCCUGCGCUUCGACGUCGACGUGGUCGAAUGCGAGUGGGGCGCGGGCGCGGACCUGGACGUGCUGCGGCGCAAGCUGCAGGCGGACCGCGCGGGCACCGUCAAGGCGGUGUGCGUCGUGCACAACGAGACGGCCACGGGCGUCACGAAUGACAUCGGCAAAGUGCGACAAGUGCUCGAUGAGUGCAACCACAAGGCGUUGCUGAUGGUGGACGGUGUCAGCUCCAUCGGUGCCAUUCCCUUCUACCAGGACAAGUGGCGCGUGGACGUGGCGUUGACCGGGUCGCAGAAGGCGCUCUCUCUCCCCACGGGUCUCGGCAUUGUCUGCGCGCGCCCGCGUGCCCUCGAGGCCGCCAAGCACAGCAAGUCGACCCGCGUGUUCUUCGACUGGGGGGACUACCUCAAGUUCUACCAGGCGGGCACCUACUGGCCCUACACUCCCUCCUCCCAGAUGCUCUACGGGCUGCGCGCAUCGCUCGACAUGCUCUUCUCAGAAGGCCUCGAUAAUGUCUUUGCGAGGCAUGCGCGCCUGGGGGAGGGCACUCGGCGCGCUGUGGCGGCGUGGGGCCUGCAGCUGUGCACCAAGAGCCCCGAGUGGAAGAGCGAUACUGUGACGACGGUUCUGGUGCCGGCGCACAUUAAUAGCAAUGAUAUUGUGCGCACCGCGUGGAACAAGUACAACCUGUCGCUCGGGCUCGGGCUGAACAAGAUCAAUGGCAAGGCGUUCCGCAUCGGCCACCUGGGGCAGAUGAAUGAGGUUGCACUCCUUGGUGCUCUAGCAGGAGUGGAGAUGACGCUUCGAGAUGUGGGAUAUCCAGUGGUGCUUGGCUCUGGCGUGGCUGCUGCAUCUGCCUACUUCCAGCAGACCACCCCCUUGAUUCCUAAACUCUUUUCAGAAAGCAAGAUAGCGAAGACAGCAAAUCCAGCAGCGACAACGGCAAUCGCGGUGACCGCGGCGACAACGGCGGCAGCCAAUGGAGUUGAAGAGGAGGGUCGGGGCGUUGGAUGGACUGGCUCUGCUUCCUCUCUUUUCCUCUCCUCCUCCAACCACCCACGCCCUCUCUUCCCCUGCAUUCCUUUCACACUUUCGCACAUCUCUCUCUCUCUCUCUGUCUCGUUCUCUCUUGCUCGUUCGCUUCGCACGUGGUGUGAGCAGGACUACGUGGUGUUGAUGCGGCGCAACCGCCUGCUGUACUGUGCGCGCCAUGCGUGUAGAUACUGCGAGGUGGCUGUCAGCCUUGACUACGUGCGGCCCCACGCCUGGUCCAAGGUGCGAGCCAUGCUACUAGUACUCUCAUUCGCAGACACAGUCGUGCACAUAGACGCGGACGCGCUCAUACUCAACCACACGCUCUCCUUCCACGCGCUGCUCGACCUCCCCGCGCCCUACAACACGUCGCGCAGCGAUGCUGUCUACACCAUGGGGUACCGCUACGGCCGGUAUGCCGAGCCGAGAGCUGAGUCGCAGGUCAACACGGGCGUUUACAUCAUGCGUAGCACUGCCUGGGUUAAGUCGUUCCUGGAGGCGCAGUACCAGUUCUACCACUCGUCCAUCCGGCAGGAGUUCUGGGACCAUGACGCCAUCGACCUGUACCGCCUCAAGCACCCGGAGGACUUUCAUGCCCAUGUCAGCAUCAUACCGUACAGGUAG